AUGACUGAGCUCCAUACGAACUUCACGGUGUACGACUACGACCAUGAACCAUCAACCACCAAUGCUUCUCUCGACAUCAACGGAAACCCAGAAGAGUUUCAAGAAUUCCAUGCCGCUGUCUACAUUCUCUACGGGGUUUACGUCCUGAUCGUAUUCUUGAUGGGUAUCUCUCAGAAUACCGUGACCGUAGUGGUGUUCGUACGUGAGAAGCGUCUUCACAUGAUGCACAACUUCUUCAUAAUCGGUCUUGCAGUCAGCGACACGGGUAUGUGCCUCUGCGGCCAUUGGAUGAUCGUGGUGUCCUCAUUCUCAUAUCGUUGGAUUUUCAGACGAGCAGGUUGUGUCUUCUACGGCAUGCUCACGACGAUGUUCGGGAUCACUCAGAUCUCGCUGUUGGCCGCCAUCGCGUUCGACCGCUUCCUGAUCAUCGUCAAACCACGUGGCUUCAAGAUGACAAACCGCCACGCCAAGGUUCUCGUCGUCUGCUGCUAUCUAUACGGUUUCAUGUGGGCACUUUUUCCCGUUGCGAAAGGAAAGACUGAGGAACAGCUGUUUGCGGCAAAGCCACAAGAAUCGACAACGAAAAGAACGAAAGAUGGCGGUUACAGUGCUUUUGAUGAUAGGUGCCUUCCUGCUAAGCUGGACUCCCUACUCCGUUGCAACCUUAGUGGUGGCGUUCGGCAGGGUGGAAAACGUCCCCGCCCUUGUUUCCAUGCUACCAGCCUUAAUUGCAAAGACCUCAAUCAUUUGGAACCCAAUCAUUUAUGUCGCCCGGCACAGCUUAUUCCGAAAGGCGCUCUUCGAGCAGGUGCCCUGUUUGCAUUUCUUCAAGCGAUACACCUUAAUUUCUUUGACCACCCGCUCCUCGUCUCAAAACACUUCGACUGA